AUGGGAUCGCCGUCUCCGGCGCCGCCGCCGCCGCCGCCCAAGUGGAUUAUGCUGCGCCGCGUUCCGCAAGUGUGCCAUGAUCUCUACGCUGACUUCUCCGUCACGCUCGCCGAGCCCCCGCGCCCCACCGAGCUCGUCGUAUCCCCGCAUCUCGCCCCCGAUGGCGUCUCCGCCGACUGUUUCCCUUUGGUCCACGCCGCCGAUCCGUCCGGAAUCCUCCUCGUCUCCGCCACCUACGACCGCUGCUCCAUGGCCCCUCCCUCCGCCGACAAGCAGGCGGGGGAUUACACGACCAACUACUUCGCCUGGCAUGCCGCCAUCGACUACACCCACCGCCUCCCGCCACAUGAGGACUCUGUAAAGCACACCGGCAACGUCGGCCUCGUCGUCGCCCCUCGAGGCGACGACGAGUACAAUUUCAUGGUCGCCGAGCUCCUGCCCGCCGGCGACGGCGACCGCGCCAGUCUACUCUGCUAUUGGUCAUAUGAUCGUGAAUGGGUGAAGAAAACUCUCCCCUUUCCCCUCAAAUGCCCUUGGUCUAGUGCCCGUACAUUCUCGCACCAAGGGAAGCUCUGGUGGUUGGGUCUUUCGCAAGGUCUUCUCUGCUGCGAUCCUUUUGCUAAAGAGACGGAGCUCCUCUUCGUGCCAUUCCCUGAUGAUAUAGAUACACACACUCGAGGCAGAGAUGUCGGCAACCGUCGCUGCGUAAAUCUGAGCAAUGGUGCGCUGUGGUUAGCGGAGAUGACUUACCACCGCCGUGCGCUGUUCGUUAAGAUGUGGAAGCUGGGCACUCAAGGGCAAUGGACUCCCGAUUACACAGUUAAGUUUGCGGAUAUCUGGGCUGACAGGAGCUACAAGGAAACUGGAAUACCGAAGAAGAAGCCGGCAUUGGUAGCCAUCAACCCUGAUGAUCCCGAGGUGCUUUACUUCUCUUUGGAGGGUAAUCUCCUCCAAGUUAACAUGUGUGCCAAAAGAGUUGAGCUGUGUGUGGCUUUCAGGCGCCCUACCACAGAUUUGAAAAUAGACCAGGGGUCCUCGCAGUUUAUUCUCACUUGGAAUCUUCCGACAUCGAUAGUUUCAUCAUCAGGACGAAAGCAAGAAGAGCGGUCAUCGAGGGAUUCAGCUUUUGAUAUGAUUGCAGAUUCGUUCACCAAUGCAUGCGCUAGUGUGCUUGAUGAUAUGGAAUUUAAUCAGCUGGCUAUGACUGCAAUUGAAUACCUUAACCAGAGCCGAAAGGAAGAGAAGGUCAAGUUCAGAUUGUCUGAGCGUCUCUGCCAAUGUUAUUUUGACGAGGAGGAGGCUAGUACUUCCCACAGAAAGCAAUAUAUCCAUAUGAACUUCUAUGUUCACACGGAGUCUGAAAGGCUUCCGCAGCUUGUGUUUGCGGAGUUUGUCGAAGCUAAUAGGAACGAUGAUUGUUCCUGGGAUUUGUUGUCAUGCAAAACUAUAACCAAGAACAGUCCUGGCGUCCUGUAUAACACAAAUGUUGAUGUGGGACAGAAGAGGAAGACAUCACUUCGUUGUUAUGCAUGCGAGGGUAAAAUGAAGCAUCCAAGCAGCGGAUUUUCAGCUGGGUCUCGUACUGAUGCUAGCUACGACUGAGCGUUAAGUGCAGAUGAUGACAACACUCCUCAUGCUCUUCUUUAGGUUAAGGGUGUCUUGUUUGCGGGAUUCUUAUGCUUUGCUAGACAUUUGGAUUCGAGCUAAUUAACCUAUG